AUGUGGGGUCGUGGGGAAUCCACAUUUGUUGACAUCAAUGAUGUUGCUGAGGGUGAUGUCAGAUUAGCUGUUGGAUUGGCAAGAGACAUAAUUGACCUCUCAGGUGUUGGGGUUCUAGCUUGGCGUUCUUUCCUUGUGGAAGGAGGUGGUGUGCUUUUGUUCCGCCUUUUGGCGCGGGAACGUGUCCCGGUCACUGGACCCAUGGGUCAGGGAUUGGUUGGAGGCUAUGUGAGUGAGGGUGUGAGGGGAGGAGAGAGCAACAUGGCUUUGAAUGUGAUGAUGAAAGUAGUAAUUGAUGUACUUCUAUUGCUGGCUGUUGCCUUCCCCAUCCUCCUGUUCUUCGUAUUGGGAGAACCAUAUAAGAGAGGCUUUUACUGCAAUGAUGAGACCCUCUCCUACCCAUACAAGGAUUCAACUAUCUCUAAUACUGCACUGUACAUAGUUGAUAACAAGCAUCAUUGGAGUGAUGUCUUGGCUGGAUCUAUUGUUGGAACCACUGUUGCUGUUCUUGUUGCUCUUUUUGUUUCAGACUUGUUUCCAAAGUAUUCUGAGAAACAUGGGAAAAAUAUGAAGCCUCUCAUUGAAACAGAGCUGACUGAUACAACAGAUAGAUCUGAUGGUCACAGAACCCCUGAAAGUUCACAAAAUUCUGCCAAGUCACGUUAUCAAGGCUAUGUGAGUGAGGGUGUGAGGGGAGGAGAGAGCAACAUGGCUUUGAAUGUGAUGAUGAAAGUAGUCAUUGAUGUACUUCUAUUGCUGGCUGUUGCCUUCCCCAUCCUCCUGUUCUUCGUAUUGGGAGAACCAUAUAAGAGAGGCUUUUACUGCAAUGAUGAGACCCUCUCCUACCCUUACAAGGAUUCAACUAUCUCUAAUACUGCACUGUACAUAGUUGAUAACAAGCAUCAUUGGAGUGAUGUCUUGGCUGGAUCUAUUGUUGGAACCACUGUUGCUGUUCUUGUUGCUCUUUUUGUUUCAGACUUGUUUCCAAAGUAUUCUGAGAAACAUGGGAAAAAUAUGAAGCCUCUCAUUGAAACAGAGCUGACUGAUACAACAGAUAGAUCUGAUGGUCACAGAACCCCUGAAAGUUCACAAAAUUCUGCCAAGUCACGUUAUCAAGGUUGUAGAAUGUGGUAUGUGAAGCUCAUUCUUGUAUAUUUUGGAUGCAGCUUCAUCCCAUUUUCCAAGGAAGCAAUGUCUGAAGAUCAGGAAGAUGAAAGAUUUAGGCACAUCAGGACAGACCCUCGGUUCCGUCCUCUACCUAAGAAUGAACGUAAGGUCAAAAUUGACAAACGCUUUCAGGCUAUGUUCAAGGACCAGCACUUUAAAGUCAAGUGCCAAGUUGACAAACGGGGGAGGCCAUUGCAGUUGGAGAACACCGAAGAUCUCAGGAGGUUUUAUCACCUCUCCAGCUCAGAUGAAAGUUCUGUAGAGGAUGAUGUAAUAGUGAAGAGUGAUGCCAAAGGUGAGAAUGUUGAAUUGAUGAAGAAUAAUGAGAACAUGGAAGAUGAGUUGGGAAGAGGUUCAGAUCAGGAACUUCCUGAGAAGACAGAGUCUGAUGGUGAAUUGCCAAAGAACUCAGUUUUACGAAAGAAGUUGAUGGAUAUGACUUGUGAUUAUGCACGUGGAGAGGGGAAGUUAUUGUCUAGUUCCAGUGAUGAGGAUUCAGAUAAUGAAUCCAAUGAAGAUGUUGAACAUCCUUGGGGAGAACUAGAUAAUGAUGCUCAACGCACUGACACAAUUGAAGAGACCUCCAAAGUUGCAGUCUGCAACAUGGACUGGGACCGACUCAAGGCCGUAGACAUCAUGGUGCUUAUGAGUUCUUUCUUGCCAAGUGGUGGACUCAUCAAAUCUGUGAAAAUCUAUCCUUCAGAGUUUGGAAAGCAGAGGAUGAGAGAUGAAGCAGUGGAAGGUCCAAAGGAGCUGUUGGCUGAAAGAGCCUUUUCUUCAUCUUCAGAUGAAGAGGGAGAGACUGAAGAGGGCAAGGGCUAUCAUGUUGAGAAACUGCGUCAGUACCAACUGAACCGCCUCAAGUACUAUUAUGCAAUAGUAGAGUGCGAUAGUCACCAAACAGCCAGUUGUCUCUAUGAAGAGUGCGAUGGUGCUGAAUAUGAGAGCACUGCAACUCGACUAGACCUCCGUCUAGUUCCAGAUACAGUAACCUUUGAGGAUGAACCACGAGAUCAGUGCAGUUCUCUUCCCCCACCAGGAAAAUACAAGCCAAAGUUCUUCAUAAAUACAGCCCUGCAGCAGGCAAAUGUUGACUGCACAUGGGACGAAACAGACCCAGAACGAUCUGAAUUGCUUCAGAAAGCCUUUGAGAAAGGAGAAGGUGAAGAGGAGAAUCUGGAAGCAUAUUUAGCAUCUGAUACAUCUAACUCGGAGCCUGAAGAGGAAGCAGUUGAAAGUGACAUUGAAGGUUCCCAAGUCAGCAUGACUGCAAAGGAUCGGAUUGCCAAGUAUCGAGAACUGAUACAGGACUUGGAGAAGAAGCAUAAGAAGAAGAAAGAGGAAAAGGUAGAAAUGGAGAUUACAUGGGAUGUAGGAUUGAAGGAUCGAACUGAAGAAUUGGUGAAGCAAAAGAAAGAAAAGGCUAGCCUUACACCAUGGGAAGAAUACCUCAAAAAGAAAGAGAAAUCUAAAAGAAAGAUAGAAGAGGAGACACAAUCAGAAGAGUAUAGUAGUGAUAACCUUCCAGCUGAUGUGGACCUCAAUGAUCCUUUUUUCAAGACUGUUGUAAAGGAAAAGAAACAGAAAAAGAAGAAAGUGAAGAAUGAAGAAGAACCUGUUGAUAAUACACUUCACUUGUUAACGAUGACAGCAGAUGUACAUGAUGAUAGAAAACAGCACUUUAAUUACAAAGACAUUGUGAAAGGUGAGAAUGAAUCCAAGACAAAGAAAAAAAGACGGCUGAAAUCAGAAGAAAACCAAAAAGAUCAAGAGAAAGAUGAGUUUCAAGUGGAUGUGAAUGAUUCCCGAUUUUCAGCACUUUUUAGUUCUCACCAUUUCAAUGUGGAUCCUUCACAUCAGCACUUCAAGAAGACCAGGGGUAUGGAGGCCAUAAUUGCUGAGAAACAAAAGCGUAUCACUCUGGGCUUGACCAAGAGUGCCAACUUGGAAACUGCUGACAAGAAGCUGAGAGACAAUGAGAUGAAGGCCUUAGUCCAGGAAGUGCAUGAAGGUUGGUUGAGUGUGAAAUGUGAAGACCUCCUGAAAUAUUUCUCACAUGCUGUGUCCGAAUUCACUCACUGUGCUGUUCGGUUUGCAAGGCCCAUUCACCUCUGUGAGAAAUGUGUUCAGCAGUAUCUGAAUGUCUCUCAGGCUCAUCAUGCCAUCAUUAUGGAGCAAGAUGAAAACAGUGGAGAAGGCUGCAUUUCAGAAUUAUUAAAUGCUGAUCGGAUCCAGAUAGUUGAAACAUCAUUUCAGUUUACAAUGAACUUGUGGGAGAAGGCUGCCUGUGACAAUUGCUUUGAGAAAUAUGGGAAUGGAACACUGACAACAGACCUGAACAAUGUGACUAAGUCUUUCAUGGCUCAAUAUAAGAAGAUGUUGGCUUGCUUACAGAAUCAAACUGAAGUUCUUGGUGUUCAUGGAAUUGGUCCUGAUACCUGGUCUGGGAAGACACGCAAUGUCACCUGUGAUAGAUGCCAGGAUUCCUACAGAGCACUGAACUAUAUUUAUGCUGAUGUUCUUGGUGAUAUUGAUGCAGAUCACAUUUGCAUGGACAUUGUGGAUGCAAUGAACAUGACUCGAAUGGUAUGGAGCCAAAACCUCAAGUGCACUCAGAGGAAUGUGACAGCAGAAGCACCCUUCAUUGUUGUGACAUGCAUGUGCAUCCUUCCACCUCUCUUCUACCUCUUGGCCUGGUGUCUUCCACAGCACCAGCGUGGCCCCAUUAUACGUCAGAAACGCUGGACAACGUAUGGAACUGUUGCUCGAUCUCCUGAACCCUUAGCUGAACAUGGUGUCAGCCCUCUGGAUGAUGAUCAAGGUUGUGACGAGUCUAUAGAAGCCCAAGCCCAACUUCAUGCAGAAUUGAAAGAAGAAUGAUCAUCUUUUUUCAUUGUCUCUCCCCUCUAAAUUUGAUCUUAUGAGAGAGACUCAAGACUCAAUUAUCUAUUCAUGAAAAUCCCUCAUGUUUCUUUUGUCCCCUCAUGAUUUGUGAUAUGGAGAUGUAUCUCGAAAACGCAAAA